GGGCGUUUGGAGGGAAGGUUACUGCGAGCUCCGAGGCCGCUGUGGGGCAGGGAUCCCGGUGACAAAGAUGGGAGCAUUUUCUCUGACUUCCACUUGGAAAGCCCAACCCCCCCUGCGGGCGCCCUAGACACUUCCUGGGGCCCAACGGAAGGUCGUACCCCUCCGGAGCGGCUGCGUCCUUCCCGGGGAGUGAAACCCGAGCCCCCGGGGCCAUCCCAGCGAGCGCAGCGGGGAAUGCGCGGGCCAGCCGGGCCCUGCGGAGUCCGCGCCGGCGCGCCCUUCGCCUCGGUCCGGGAGAGAGCCGCCGGGCGCGCUGGGCUGGGGCAGGCAGCCGCGGCUGGGCCGCGGGCGAGGGCGCGUUAACCGGUGGGAAGCCUGCGUUUUCACGAAGGACUCGGGUGAAGCUGCAGAGCUGCCUUUGAGCCCUGGCUCCUUGGCUUCCUGGGUCGGAGGAGAGCUUGUAAUGGAGCGGUUCCUCGUCUCACACUCACAAGAUGCCUGAUUUCCCCAGGAUCGAGGGAUUGAAGAAUGUCCCGGGUUCCGCUGGGGAAGGUCCUCCUUCGGAAUGUCAUCCGGCACACAGAUGCUCACAAUAAGAUCCAGGAAGAAUCAGAUAUGUGGAAAAUAAGAGAAAUAGAGAAACAGAUGGAGGAUACUUACCAGGAAACCAAAAGGAAGAUGUUACCCAGCAGUUCAAGUCGGAUGCGUAGUGAUGGUUUUGAUGAAGAAAGUCAGAGAGAAUAUUGGAGGCCAAAGACUGAAAUUUCUGGGACACUGGAAGAUGAUUUUCUUAAGGCUAAAUCCUGGAACAAGAAGUUAUAUGAUUAUGAAGCUAAUAUGCCAGACAGAUGGGGUCACAGUGGUUAUAAGGAGUUAUACCCUGAAGAAUUCGAAACAGACAGUAGUGAUCAGCAAGAUAUUACCAAUGGGAAGAAAACAUCUCCUCAGAUAAAAUCAUCUACCCAUGAAUCCCGCAAGCAUAAGAAGUCAAAGAAGUCUCACAAAAAGAAGCAGAAAAAAAGGUCACACAAAAAACAGAAGAAAAGCAAGAAGGAAGCCACAGAUGUAACAGCAGAUUCCUCAAGUGAGUUGUCAGAAGAAACCGGUGCUUCUAGUACCAGGAAAAGGAAGCAACCACAUAAGCGCAAGAAAAAAUCCAGAAAAAAGUCUCUCAAAAAACCAGUUUUGUUUUUAGGGGCAGAAAGUCACACUUCCCAGUCAGAUGAUUCAGCAUCUAGUAGUUCGGAAGAAAGUGAGGAAAGAGACGCUAAGAAAACCAAAAGGAAAAAGAGAGAGGAAAAAGUCCACGUCCCUCCUGUAGCUAACAAUGAAGUACAGAAAAGGACCAACAAACGCACAAACUGGAAAGUGGCUACAGAUGAACGAUCUGCGGAGAGCUCAGAGGAUGACUAAAUGGGAAAGAAAUAUUCCCGUUUCCCACUUGACUGGAUAUUUACAGCUCGUACACCUAGGAGUUUCUGCUAGUGACUCCUUCAGCACGGGGUGUGAGGUCAGAGCUGUUCUGUGCCAUCUAUACAAGUUUUGACAGACUUCUUGUCUUCUAUUUUGGCCUGUUAAACUUGAUCCCCUUUUCUUGUUAAUAGGGAAUCUGGUAUUUUGUUAUGAAGGUUUCUUGAAGAGAUUAUUUUUUGCAGUUAAUCACAUUUAGUGUAGAGUACAUAUAUAGCAAAUUAAAGGACCCGGAAAGCUGCAUCCAAUAUUGACCUGUAAACCUAUUGGAAUGUUGAAUUGGGGGAAAGUAAGGGCUGGGUCAAGAGGUGGAUUGGAAGCAGUGCUAUGUGCAGUGGCUGGAGAAGGGAACACUAUGCUGCUCUGUCAUUUAUAUAGUAGGUGUCAAAACUUGUCUUCAGCCUUGGUGCUUUGAUCCCUCUGUGUUUUGAUCCUACAGCUGUGGUCUAGUUUACUUAAUGAGGAAAUGGGCACAAGAACAAACUUUCUUUUUAUGGUAAUGUCCAUAGACAACUGUUAAAAGGGACUAGGGCUUUGUCAGUUCUUUAGAGCCCUAACACCUGGUAUUUGGAUAGUAAAUGGUUUUGUAGUCCCA